AUGCAGCCUAAUUUUCUUGGAUGCAUCGAGAUAUACAAGCACAACAAAGAAGAAAGAAUAGCAAGAACAUGGGGCACAACGGCACCCGGCCUGCCCUACGUGGAGGAAACCAUCACCGGAGCUGGGAACUGGCUGAUUGGCGGCGAUCUAGCAGUUGUAAACCCCGUUAACUACAACGAUGGUUUGGACCGGUUUCGUCUUUCACCAGCUCAGCUUCGUGACGAGUUCGAGAGGCGCAAUGCGGAUGCGGUGUUUGCUUUCCAGCUCAGAAAUCCCGUUCACAACGGCCAUGCUCUGCUCAUGACUGACACAAGAAAACGCCUUCUUGAUAUGGGAUAUAAAAACCCCGUUUUGUUGCUUCAUCCUUUGGGCGGUUAUACUAAAGCGGAUGAUGUUCCGCUGAGCUGGCGAAUGAAGCAGCACGAGAAGAGAUUAGUGUACUAG